AUGAACAGUGAGACGGAGAACAGGGAGACGGAGAACAGGGAGACGGAGAACAGUGAGACGGAGAACAGGGAGACGGAGAACAGUGAGACGGAGAACAGUGAGACGGAGAACAGGGAGACGGAGAACAGGGAGACGGAGAACAGUGAGACGGAGAACAGGGAGACGGAGAACAGUGAGACGGAGAACAGUGAGACGGAGAACAGUGAGACGGAGAACAGUGAGACGGAGAACAGGGAGACGGAGAACAGGGAGACGGAGAACAGGGAGACGGAGAACAGGGAGACGGAGAACAGGGAGACGGAGAACAGGGAGACGGAGAACAGUGAGACGGAGAACAGUGAGACGGAGAACAGGGAGACGGAGAACAGGGAGACGGAGAACAGUGAGACGGAGAACAGGGAGACGGAGAACAGGGAGACGGAGAACAGGGAGACGGAGAACAGUGAGACGGAGAACAGGGAGACGGAGAACAGGGAGACGGAGAACAGGGAGACGGAGAACAGUGAGACGGAGAACAGGGAGACGGAGAACAGGGAGACGGAGAACAGGGAGACGGAGAACAGGGAGACGGAGAACAGUGAGACGGAGAACAGGGAGACGGAGAACAGGGAGACGGAGAACAGGGAGACGGAGAACAGGGAGACGGAGAACAGUGAGACGGAGAACAGGGAGACGGAGAACAGGGAGACGGAGAACAGGGAGACGGAGAACAGGGAGACGGAGAACAGUGAGACGGAGAACAGGGAGACGGAGAACAGGGAGACGGAGAACAGUGAGACGGAGAACAGGGAGACGGAGAACAGUGAGACGGAGAACAGGGAGACGGAGAACAGUGAGACGGAGAACAGUGAGACGGAGAACAGGGAGACGGAGAACAGGGAGACGGAGCAUCAGACAAGAGAUAACCUGCUGAGACAGAUUUGCGAGAAGAGGAGAGAGAAACGGUAA